CUCUGGCAGACACGGGGGGCACGGGGGUCUCCAUGGCACGUUCGCAGUGGGUGGCUCCAGGGACUGCUGCAGCCCCACGGGGAAGUGGGACAGGUAUUUUUCCCAGCAAUUCCUCUUCUCACCACACCAAAUUCCCUCCUGUCUCAUCUAGCCAGCCUGCAAAAGGCAGCAGAGACAAAAAGAGCAGCCCAGAGCAGUGCUGCCAAGGACCGGGGCGGCAAUAAGGCAGGUUUAAAGUUCCCCUUGGCUGAAGCAGGGGCCUGGGACUGCCCCAGAUACAGCAGCAGCCCUUGCAGCUGAGCCAGCACCUCUCACCCCACUGCAGCUUGGGGUUCCCAUCUAGCAGCUGAAACACAGCUUUGCCAUCCGAUGGUGCCAGUAUGCCCCUGGUGCCAGCACUCCCACCCGGCCGCCAGCGCCCCCACCCCCGUGCCUGCACCUGCCCCGUUUAUGUACCCUCACGCCUCUGCCCGCAUCCCUGCCGCUGUACCUGGUUCCGCCGGGCGCCGACAUCCCCCCGAGCCUCCCUCGGCCAUCGGCACCCCGGGGUCUGCCCUGGGGAGGCAGAAGCAGGCGGGGCGGUGGGCACUGCCCGGGGGGAGAGGGCAACCUCGGCUCACUCCCUUCUCACCCACUAGCCCUCCCCGGCCCCGCCUAGGGAACCCCCGCCUUCCCCGCCUUUAUCCCGCCGGCCCCUCCUCCUCUUGCAAGCAGGCCGGGGAAACGAAAGUGGUGGGAGAGCGCGGUUCGGCCCCGCCGCCCCGAUGGCCGACAGCCCCGCCGAACCCCGCGCGCCCGGCCCCGGCUCCCCGGCAGGACUGCCAUCCCACAGGCCAGCGGCAUCCCCGACAUGGACAACCUGCUCUUCACCAACCUCCAGGCCAGGCUGAAGGUCUACAGGCAGAUCAGAGACAGCAAUGGCCCCAAGUGCAGCCGUUGCCAGGGGGAGGUAGCAGUGGUGUGGUGCUCUGAGUGUGAGGAGUUCCUCUGCACCAACUGUUUUGAGGCCCACCAGUGGUUCUUCAAGAAGAGGAGCCAUGAAGCCAGGAGAGUGGAGGACCUUCGCUCUGAGUCUGCCCAUCGCUUCCUGGAAGACACUAGAAAGUCCUGCAACCUCUUUUGCUCCCGUCCCGGUCACUCUGGCCAGGACUGCAUCUCCAGCAUCUACUGCAGGCAGUGCGCGAAGGUGCUGUGCUGCUCGUGCGCGCUGCUGGACAGCCAGCACAGCUUCUGCGACAUCGGCAGCGAGACGCGGCGCAGGCAGGAGGAGCUGGGCGCCAUGGCCCAGGAGCUGCGGCGCCAGCGGGGCGGCGUGGAGGCCAGCUAUGCCGCACUGCAGGCCGAGGCCGCCCGGCUGGAGCGGGAGCAGCGGGAGAUGCGGGAGCUGAUCCGGCAGAGCGUGGAGCAGCUGGUGCGGCAGCUGCGGCGGGAGGAAGAGGAGCUGCUGGAGCUGGUGGAGGCGCGGCAGGAGCGGCGGGAGCAGGCGCGGGAGCUGCAGCACGUGGAGGGGCUGCUGCGGCGGAUGGAGGCGGGCGAGCGGCUGGUGGAGAAGAUGAGGCUCUACGCCACGGAGCAGGAGGUGAUGGACAUGCAGCCCUUCAUCAAGGCCUCGCUGGAGGAGCUGCGGCGGCUGCAGCCGGAGGCGGCGUGGGCGCGAGUGCAGCCCAGGGACCUCGAUGAGUGCAGAGCCAGGCUGCAGGGGCUGGUGGAGCGUGUCAUGGGGCACCCAGGUUCAAAUUCCCAAGCUGUCCCCAUGGUUGACGUGUGUCUGGAGAACAACCUGCAAGAGAAGCCAGUCGAGCCUGAGCUCCAGACCAUCCAGCCCACCUUCACCAUCAGCCUCACAGAGAUGCAGACAAUCCCGGCUCUGCCCACCACCAUGGGGCCCAAGCGGAGGUCACACUUCAUGGAGAGGGGCAGCCAGAUCUCACCCAAGCUACUGAAGCUGGAACGUGACAACACGCCGGUGCCCAGCAAUCCCAGUCCAAACCACAGGGAUGAUGGAUGGGGUCCCAGCACCUCCACAGCAAGCCGGAACUGCAGCAGCAUCUCUGCCGCCAGCGGCUACACUGAUGGUAGAGAAGACACCAGCAUCAUCAUCUCCAGCUCGGAGGACAGUGAGGAAGACACAGCGGCUUCCAGCAAGUCCCAGGACAGCAAGAAGCCUUUCAGUCCUAUGCGGUCUGAGAACGGCACCUCAUCCCACCACAGCGCUGGCCCCAGCAGCCCCUGGGAUGAUGGAUCAGAACUCAGCACCUUGGUGUUCCUCAGCUUGAAGAUUGAUCAGAAAACUCAGCACAUCACAGAAGUGGCAGCAGCAAAUGGAGAGCACACCUUCAAGGAGCUGAUUCAGACACCCAGUUCAGUGCUGGCUCUGCUCUCGCAGGGGGUCCCCAUGGAGAUGGGGAUGCAGCACCUGCUCUGGUACCUCUCCUCAAUCCCCAGGCCCAUCCUCAUCGUCUAUAACUUCUGGGCACCAGAGCUGCCCACUCUCUUUAAAGUCCUGGAUGCCACAGGCAGGAAAGCGGGCUUUUGCAGCAUUGUAGGUGGUUAUGUGGAUAUGUUGUCCUUGGUCAAAGCAAAGCUGCCCAAGGCUCCUUCCUACAAGCUGAAGAACCUGUUGAGAAGUCACCUGAAGCAUCAGCUCAAUGAGGGCAGUGCUCUGGCCAUGGCCAAGGCCUUGCAGGAGCUUUGGGGAGCCCUGGAGCUCCCUGCCCAUGCUGAUGCAGGGAUGAUACUCACCCACUGCAACCUGCAGAGCUACAUCAUCCUGCAGCCCCUGGUGCAGAAGAAACUGCUCACCAGGAGGACGGCCAAGAACCUGGCCCAGCACAACCUCAUCUUCUGGGAGCUGGAACACUCGUGAGUGCAAUGCAUGGUGAGCUGAGUGGCUGGGUCUCAGGCUGACCGUACCGAGGAUGCAGGGAUGCUUGCCAGGGAUGUUUACCAUGGAUGCUCACCAGGGAUGAGUGGGGAUCUGAUUAAUAUUCACAAAUAUCUAAAUGGUGGGUGUUGAGAGGUUGGGACAUCCCUUUUUUCAGUGGUAUCUAGCAACAGGACAAGGGGUAAUGGGAUGAAGCUGGAACACAAAAAGUUCAAUUUAAACAUAAGGAAAAACUAUUUCACUGUGAGGGUGAGGGACCCCUGGCACAGGCUGCCCAGGGAGGGUGUGGAGUCUCCUUCCUUUGAGGCCUUCAAGACCCACAGGGACACGUUCCUGUGUGACCUGAUCUAGGUGAACCUGCUUCUGCAGGAGGGUUGGACUAGAUGAUCUCUAAAGGUCUCUCCCAACCCUGCCAUUCCAUGAUUCUAUGAUUCACCAGGGAUACUCACCAGGGAUGCAGAGGUGCUUCCGACAGCAUCAAACAGGACUCACAGGCCCUCUGUGUUCCCAACAUGGGUCUUAAGUGGUUCGGGGCCCUGGCCAGCCUGAGGGGGAAGAACCCAGCGAAUCAAAAUAACAUCUGUAUAAAAUAAAUUCCGGAGCGCGGGCCAAUGUAAUUUCCUGGGGCGUCUGCACUCCUCCUUU